GUAAAAAGUUUUGACCAAUAUCUGUAUUGACAGUCAGCACCUUCACAAAAUCAACUACUCCUACAUCGAUUCCCAAAAGUCAAAACAUUGUUUUCCUAACCAAAUUUACCAUCGAGGCUGCACUCCAGUCUCCAUCCAAUCACUGCCCUUUCUCCUCCGCCCAUUCCGCCGUGGCCGCUGCCGAUUAUCGCCACUCCGAUCGAUCUAGAGUUAGAUCCAAUUCCAUGGCUGCUCCUGGGAGUUCGAUGCUGUACUCUUUUCUUCUUUUUGUGGCCAUUCUUUCUCUGCAAGAAAUGUAUCGAGGCAAAUUAGCAUCUACAGAGUUGUUUACCAUACUUGGAGGAUUUUCUAGUUCUAUCAUAUUUCUUCUGUUGUUGACGCUUAUUGGAAACUAUCAAGAAAGUAUUGGUGUCAAGAGUGGUUGGGGUGCUGUAAUAACUGCUGAGGCAGUUGCACUCAUUGCUGCUAGCACUGUUCAUCGAGUUUGCAUCACAACUUGCUUCUUGUUUUCUGCUGGUCUUCUGUACGAGAUCAACAAACUCUCAGGGAUAACGCUGUCCAAAAGUGAAUCGAAAUCGAAGAGGUUCUGAAUGGAAAUUGUCCGUGCCAUGGGAGUUACUAUUUAAGCUUUUUACCCUUGUUUUCUUACUUGAAACUCUGUCCUGGUACGACAUAGAAUUUUGAUGAUCUAUUUAGGAAACUUACUGUAUGGAUAAUGAAUUUGAAGGCAUAACUUUGGACUCUCAAAGUGUGUUCUUAGUUUUCUGGUCUUCCGAUUGUUCAUGUUCUCCUCAAACAACUAGUUUUAACCAGUCUUCACCAUCGUAGUUACUGAAUAGCUUGAAUGUUAGAACCGAACUAAUAAGUGCCAUUCAUUUAGCAAAUUGCUAGGGAAGCUGAAGAUGCAAGAAAAGGAGACAAGUAUUGAAUCUUCUUAGGUUGUAACCUAUAUUUUGGAGAUUUUAGGUCAACCUUUCCAAUGACAUUGAUGGUAAGUGAAGAAUUUUUUUUUUUUUUUUUCAAUCAAGC